AGCUUAAACCCCUCCUCCAUCGCCUGAAACCCUAACUGUCACUCCAACUCUAACAACAACACAGAAGAUGGCGAUAUGGUGGCGUGGACUGAGAUCCGCGGCGGAUGCAGCCAAUCUACCGGCGUCUUCAAUCGGUCGAUCGAUUCGGCGUUUACAUCAGUACGAGACGAUUCAGGCGAUACCACGCGAGGCUACGGGGCGAAGAGUAUCGGCUCGAGAUCGGACGAUUGGCCGGAUCCCCGCCGUGGUUUUCACUCAAUCGCUUCUUGAGACUGACGCUUCGAAGCGGGACGGCGUUUCGAGGAAGCAGCUAUUGACUGCUGAUAGGAAGCAGAUCAAGUCUAUCGUUGACUCAGUGGGUCUCCCGUUCUUCUGUUCGACCACGUUCAAGCUUCAGGUCAGAGCGGGCCAAGGUUCUUCGUCGCUGGUUGAGUCGGGUCGUGUACUUCCCUUAGAUUUUCAUAGAGAUGAAGAAAGUGGGAAGAUACUUAAUUUAGUCUUCGUGUGGGCUAAUGAUGGAGAGCAGCUGAAGGUUGAUGUUCCUCUCGUUUUCAAAGGAUUAGAUGAUUGUCCAGGUCUCAAGAAAGGUGGCAAUCUACGGUCAAUGCGAAGCACUCUGAAGCUUCUAGGCCCAGCGGAGCACAUUCCAUCGAAAAUCGAAGUAGACGUGAGCAAACUCGACAUAGAGGACAAAGUCUUGAUGCAAGAAGUUGAAUUCCAUCCAUCGUUGAAGCUGUUGAGCAAGAACGAGACCUUGCCUGUGUGUAAGAUUGUUGCUACAAGUCCGGUCAAAGAACCAGAAGCUGUUCAAGCAUAGAAUAAUAAGUCCCUUGAGAAGGAGGUCAUGAUGUCUAUCUGUUGAACUUGACAAGGAAAGAAGCACCCUUCAAGUCCUCUCUAGUUGCUUUUCUUUUGUUGUUCUUGAACGAAGCAAAUUCAAUUCGAAUUGCUGAUCAGAUAUCUGUUUUGUUUUUUGCGUCUUUUGUGGAAUGGUACUUUAACUAGUAGUGCAAGAGUCCGAACAAUGUGAAUUUGGUCGUUAGCCAUGAAAAUAAGAGCCCAACAACGACUUGGUCCA